GUCGGGAUCACAAAGUAUCUCUUCUCGACAGCCUCAAUCUUCCUCCUUCACCAAUUCAACGCACUCCGAUAUCUCAGAAAAUCUAGACAACGCAUACUACAGUCCUUCUAUCUCAAAAUGUCUCGCCACCACCCCGAUCUCGUCAUGUGCCGAAAAGCACCAGGCAUCUCUAUCGGCCGGCUCUGCGACAAGUGCGACGGCAAGUGUCCGGUUUGCGAUUCCUACGUUCGACCGACAACUCUAGCGCGCAUUUGCGACGAGUGCUCGUUCGGUAACUAUCAAAACAAAUGCAUCGUCUGCGGCGGCGAGGGCAUCAGUGACGCCUUUUACUGCUUUGAAUGCACAAGACUGGAAAAAGACCGCGACGGGUGUCCGAAGAUCAUCAAUCUGGGUUCGUCGCGGACGGAUUUGUUCUACCAGAAGAAGAAUUUCAGGAACCAGCAAUAUUGAGACCAGGCUGCAUCUGAGUAGACGAUCCUGAUAAGAGACGAAGAGGAUGACAGCUGUCGCGCACCAGGGAAGUCAGGAUUGAGCCGGUGCGCCGUUCGACUUUCCUCCCACGAGUAACGCGUGCCGGUCACGGCAACAGACGUCAGUGAAGUCGCAUGUGAGAGGCUGAUCUCCCGUGGAAGGCGGCUGAGGUUCCGAAUCAAUGUGGGCAAAUAAUCCAAGAGGCAGAGCGAGGAAAAUGUCGCAGAGAGGAUCCAGCCCUGAUCCGAAGCACCAGCCUGCGAUCUAACCAGAUAACACCGGAAAUCAAGGUGCGAACUUGAAGUCUACCAGACACACAGAUACCACCCGAAAUGCCCAAAGAUGGACAUGGUCGACAAGCACUCCAUUCUGUUGAUGACGCCAGGUGGCCAAAGUGGUCAAAUGGAAAAGCGUGUGAAUGAAGCCAGUUCUUGCCUCAUAAUCGCGCGGUUGAUUUGUGGUAAACGAAGAGUGGAAAGAGUCUGCUCACCAAUUUUGCAACGCAUGUCCAGUAUGGCGAAAUCCAGCGGCAGCUUUUAGUCGAACUACAGACGAGCUGUGCAGCCGUUUGUCGAUGAAGAAAUGGAGUUGCAUGGAUUGUUCAUGGCCCUAAGGCUAGGACGACGUGUGCUAGGUAGCAAUAUCAGAGUUAGAAGCUCAGUACUGCUUCAUUCCGCUU